AUGGUUAAUAAAUACAAAGUUGACAUGGUUGCUAUCUCUGAACCAAUGGUUAACAAAAACAAGGUGGAAGGUUACAAAAGAUACUUGGGAUUCAAUCAGUGUCUUGUUAACAGCAAUGGGCAAAUAUGGUGUUUUUGGAGGAAUAAUUGCACCGUUGAUAACAUUCAAAUUCAUGAUCAGUUGGUUACUUUUAAAUUCCAACAGAAUGGUUCAAAUCAUGAUUAUUAUGUGACUAUUGUGUAUGCUAAAUGCACAGCAGCUAAAAGAAUGGAUCUUUGGCACAACCUUGAAGACUUAGACAAUUCUAUAACUAGCCCAUGGUUAGGGUCUGACCACAGACCAAUGCUGCUUAAAUGUUUCAAUGAUAACUCAGUUGGAAUUAAAUAUUUCAAGUUCUUAGAUUUUUGGAUAGAUCAAGACGAUUUCAAAACUCUUGUAGCUAAAGAAUGGCAAGUUGAGGUAGAUGGAAACCCUAUGUGGAGACUGCAACAAAAGUUAAAGAAUCUUGGGAGAAGAUUGUCAAAAUGGUCUAUAGAAGAGAUUGGGGAUGUUAAUGAGAAUGCUGAUGAAUGGGAAGCUAAAAUGGAGUUUUUGGAGGAAAUGGACUUAAUUGAUAACUCUAAGACUAGUAGAGAAGAAUUGAAUAAAGGUCAUGCUGAAUAUGUGUACUGGCUAAAUAAGCAGGAGAGUAUUUUAAAACAAAAGUCUCAUAUCAGAUGGUUUGAGGAAGGGGAAAGGAAUACUAAGUAUUUUCAUGCUGUAAUCAUAGAAAGAAGAAGGAAACUCGAAAUCAGUAGAAUUAUGAACAACAAAGGUAACUGGAUCUCUGGGGAAGACAAGAUUGCAAACAAGCCUGUUAGAUAUUUUGAGAAGCUCUUUAAUCUCAGAGAAUCUAAUGUAGAUCCACAGAUAUUGGACUGUAUACCAGAGUGCAUCACAGAUGAUAAUAAUAACUAUAUGAUGAGCUGUUCUGAGGAAGAAGAAAUCAAGGAUGUUGUUUUCAAUAUGAGCACAGAUAGUGCAGCUGGGCCGGAUAGAUAUUCUAGAAUAUUCUAUUAUUGUUGCUGGGACAUUAUUACAAGGGAGGUGGUAGAAUUUGUUCAGUUUUUCUUCAUUAAAGGAAAACUUACUAAAUUCUUCUCAACACUCUUCUGGUUCUUAUCCCUAAAGUAG